AUGGAUGGUCGAGGAGGCUGUUGCAUCGCCCGCUAUGUACCCGGUGCAUCCCACGUGUCCACAAUGGACAAAAUAAUGCUUAGGUUUCGCCCCAUCGCUCCCAAACCCAUCGCCGGAGCCACCGCUUCCGACGCUUCUUCCUCCGAGAGCAGCGACGCCUUGCUCAAAACCAGAACCACCAAGAGAAAGUACGUAACAGAUAAUAACUACACCACCAAACGAAGGACUCGCCGCAGGAAGAACACAUCCUCGCCGGAGCUGAAGCAGAAGAACAAGCAGCCGGCGGUGACUCUUCCCUUGCUGCCGGAGACUCCCGAUCGGAAGGAUUCUCCGGCGAGGGAUCUAACUCCACCGGUAGCAAAGGAAAUACGAAACAACAACUACUCGAAUAAGAACAUGCCCGUGUGGGUGAGUUUCGAGAAUCGAAGCUUGACUAAGGUUGAACCGUACGGUGCGGUGAUGGGAGGGUGGUGUUCGUGUGUGACAGUGGAGUGCGUGACGGACACGUGGAUGGAGGACGAGUGGCUGGGAAGUACGGACGAGGAGCGGAGGGUGAGGUUGAGCAGAGACACGUGUCCAGGGUUCAUAUCGGACGGUUGCGGGAGGGUGACAUGGACGAACGAGGCGUACGGGAAGAUGAUGAAAGGUGAGGGACACGGGCCAGUGUUGCUGGUGAUUAAGGAGGGUGCAGUGGUUUCAUAUCCUUCGUUCACGUGCAAGGUGAGGGUGGUGCAGUACGCGUGUGGGAGGGAGAGAAGUUCGCUCACGUUAUCCUGCGACGUGUGGAGAAUGGAUUGCGGUGGCUUUGCAUGGAGAUUAGACGUUAAAACUGCGCUUAGCUUGAGAUUGGGUUACUGA